ACGGUAAUGAAAUUUAACGAGGAAUAAGACGUUCGCGCGCACAAUGGCGCAAUAUUAAAUUUAUCCUUGACACUCUCUCUCCCACUGUAGGGAACAUGUGUACAUUGAAAGAUUUGGUGGUUCGUCGUUUGUCCGCCAAGUAUAAAAGUACCGAUUGUCACCGAGAGUAGCAUUCAUAUUUCGGCACAGACGCAGGACAUUCAUUGCAAGAUUUCCCUAAAUAAAUAUAAUGGCAGUUAAGCUAUUUAUAAUAGUUUGCGUUUUGGCUGCGGCUAAUGCCGGCUAUGUUGGAGUGUCUCCCUUACAAUAUCAAAUCGCGCCAAUAGCGCAUGUUCAACCCCAUGCUAUCACGUCGACGUCCGAUAAUAUAUUACGCAGCCAUGGUAAUUUGGCACAAAUAGCUACGCAAACGAAAACUAUUGACACGCCUUUCUCUAGUUCGAGUAAGACUGACAUUCGCGUAAGCAAUCCGGCUGUCACGUAUACGCACUUCGCUCAUCCAGCUACCCCAUUGACGUACACUGCUGCAGCUGCAGCUAUACCGGUGUCGGCGGCUAUACGUGCUCCGGCCGCUCUCGGAGUCGCUUAUUCGCCGGCAGUUGAGGUAUCUCACAUGAGCUACAGCAGUCCAAUUGGAAUUGCUUACGCCUACUAAAUAGAAUCGAUUACAUACUCAUCGGCUUUUUUCUUUUCAUAUAAUAUAAGAGAUAAGUAAAUAUAUGUAUAUGGACGCAUAUUUAUAUCCUCCAAGUAUUCUUCAACAAUUGUAAUUUGUACACAUAACGAACUACACAUGUUUUUUUAAUGACACUAUACGUAUAAUAAUUCUGUAAUAUAAGAAUCAUCUUUUAUAACUUUUAUACAAAGUCUCAAUUUUUUUUCAAUCUGUAAAAAUUAAUUUGUUCAGAGUAAGUUAAUCAAGUCAAUUUUGAACUGCGAAUACACGAUAGAAAUUACAUACAUACUAUCGUAAAAUACAAUGUGUAGAAAAAAAAUUUAUGUAUAUGAAAAUUUAUUUGUAUAUGAUGGAUGCAUUGGGUGAAAUGUUUCCUCUGAGAAAUAGAAUAAAGUUCGAAUAUCUUGUAUAACGAAUUUUUUAUUACUUUAUAUUUUCAUGUCUUUUGUUUGAUGCUUAAUUUUUUUGAUGUUAAUAAUUUAAA